CUCGGCAGCUCUUUGCGUGACUGUGCAACCGAAACAAGAGAUCAAUAACGCACGCUCUUCGCUUUUGUGAUCUUUGCCAUGGCAAUGAGGAGGAAACGACUUCACCCGUGCGUCGGCGCGGCGCUCGCGCUACCGCUUCUAGGUGUAUGGUCUUUAACCGGGCACGCCUUCGUCCAGGCGAUGCGGAAACAUAUGCAGAGAGGGCUUCGUACAAGAAGGUUAGCAGAGGAAGAUUCCAAGCAAGAAGAGGAUACAACGAAUGUUGAACUCUUCCGACAGUCUCUCAUUCAAGGAUGGGGAGCUGGUGAGGUUGGACGCUCAUCAGACUCAGCUGAUUGGGCAGAGCUUGUGGAUCCGGAUGCGGUUCAAGCUGGCGACAUGUUGCUCGGACACCCUGCAAGGUUUUUCAGUGAGAGGACCUCGCCAGCAUUUACAAGAAUUGGAUUGCAGGGUGGCAUACCGGCAGACUAUCCUCGCCGCGAACGUUUGCGCUAUUUGCCGGUUCUUCUUCUCACUGAAGUCAACAAGGAAGCCGGCACUGCAAAGGGUGUGUGGCUCACUUUGCGGACUGGUCAGCUCUUGGGUGACUUCAUCGACUUUUUUCACAGCAGGCCCCUGCUGUAUGGAGGUCCUACUCCCUCUGAAAGUGUGACGAUGAUCCAUCCCUAUCCGGAGGUGCCAGGAUCCAAAAAACUGUCCGACGACAUUUACCUCGGGGGAUCCUUCGAAGGUGCCCAGGCUUGGGUUGAGGAGGGUGAGGGCUCCUCUUUGCGGAUCCGCUUUUUCCUGAACCACAUUGAGUGGCGCCAAGGCGAGCUUGCCGCGGAGCUAGCACCUGAGAACACUUGGCUGCCAGUGAGAUGCUCAGUGGAUGUGGUUCUAUCCGAGACCGAUGCUAUUGAUGCCAAGCCCCUGUGGGUAAAGGUAGCAGAGUUGGCCGGUGGCGAGCUCGAAGAGUUAGGAGUUCGACUGGGACAGACUCGAAGAGCUCGAUGUUUGAGGGUGUUUGAUGGUGUACAAACACCGAGUGGAUUGUGGUUAGAGGGUGUUUGCGGGUGUUUGUUUGUCAAGUUGUUAGGUGGUUUAUGGAUUUAGUUGUGCAAAUGGGAAUGUGCAGACUGGAUGUUUUACGGGGGACAUUGAAGGUUACCAUGGUCGAGUGGUCGGUUCAAAGAUCCUCAGACGCUGGCCAUCAGGACGUGCACAUGAUCUUAUGUGAAAAUUGUGAAAUGCCUGGCCAAAAGUUGCACAGGAGGAAGAGGAAAAAGGCCGCACAAUCACAAGCGUGGCAUAGUGUAGCUGCUGGCUUGUAGACUAGUCUUUUGAUGCCAUUGUUGGCUGAUGUUACUGAUGUUGUUUUCUUUUUGCGACGCAGCCGUUGCUGCUCCAAGGCUACAUAAGGCAUUAUAAGGCUAC